AUGUCCGUCGCGGGCGUCGAGGACACGUUAGAGGUCGACGCCCUGGACGUGGUGAAGAUCGUUCUCCAGUGGGCUCGAGAGUCUGGUUUGGAAAACACCGCGGAGGCGUUAUCGAGAGAGACGGCGACGACGCUGAACUGCGUGGACGAUUUAGAAACGUUUCGUCACGACAUCACGCGAGGGCGAUGGGACGUCGUGCUGCCGAGCUUGGCGAAAUUGUCAAUGCCGAAGAAUGUUUUGGAGGAUGCGUACGAACACGUGACGCUGGAGAUGUGCGAGCUCGGUGAGCGAGACACCGCGCGGGCGAUUUUAAGGCAAUCGAACGUGAUGAAGACGAUGCGAGAGGAACAGAGCCGAAGACACGCGCGUUUGGAGCAUUACGUGAGCGCGAUUGAUUUCAACGCGAGCGACGCGUACGGUGGGACGACCAAGGAGAAGAGACGGGAAAAGAUAGCAGAGGCGCUAUGUAGAGAGGUGUGCGUCGUGCCUCCGUCCAGGCUCUUGGCGCUCAUAGGACAGGCGUUGAAGUGGCAGCGGAGCACAGGGGCCCUCCCGCCUGGGACGGCGUUCGAUUUGUUCCGCGGGCAAGCGCCGGCGGAGGACGAGGAGGAGGAGCAGUGCCCGACGACGUCGCACAAGAGGAUCAAGUUUUCGAAAAAGUCCUUCCCGGAGUGCGCGUCGUUCAGUGCGUGUGGUGGAAUGUUAGCUACUGGAUCUGCGGACGGGUUCAUAGAAAUAUGGGACCCGUACAGCGGGAAGUUGCGCAAGGAUCUCAAGUAUCAGGCGGAUGACGCGUUGCUCAUGCAUGACGACGCCGUGCUAGCGAUCUCGUUCAGUAAAGAUUCCGAAAUGGUGGCGUCGGGUUCGCAAGACGGUAAAAUCAAGGUGUGGCGCGUGAGCACAGGGAGCUGUCUUAGGAAGUUUGAGAAGGCGCAUCAGGAGGGUGUCACGAGCGUCGUAUUUAGCAAGGAUGGCUCGCAGGUGCUGAGCGGCUCGUUCGACGGCUUGAUACGCGUACACGGCCUGAAGAGCGGUAAGUUAUUGAAAGAGUUCAGAGGUCAUACGUCAUAUGUGAACUCUGUCGCGUUCACGGAAGAUGAAGCUCACGUUCUCUCCGCAUCGAGCGAUGGCUCGGUGCGAGUGUGGGACGCCAAGACGGGCGAGUGCAAGCACACGUUCAGACCGCCGCCACCGGUGAAUCCGAACAAAGACGACGACGUUGAGGACACAUAUCAAACGGGUACGAUCCCAGCCGUUACGUCGGCCGUUCCGAAUCCGAAGAACGACGCCCAAAUUAUCGUGACGUCGAAAACGAACGCCGUCGUCGUCUGCACGCUCGCUGGAGACGUCGUCGAGACGUAUUGGACGAAUAAGACCGCUCUGCCGCACACCAUUAUCGCCUCUACCACCUCUCCCAGGGGCGAGUGGAUUUACGCCGUGAGCGAUAUCGGUGAGAUGUACUGCUUCAGCACCGAGACCAAAAAGCUCGAGUCAACCGUCUUCAACCUCCACGAGAGCUCCACGUUGGGCGUCUCGCACCAUCCGCGACGCAACCUGGUCGCCACGUUUAGCUCAAUAGGCGAGCUCAAGACGUGGAAACCGUGA